UUAAAACUAAAUUUAAUUGGAUUUUGCAGGAAGAAGAUGCUAAAAACUAUAAGCAAUCAUCCCAUUAAUGGAUCUCUGUCAGGAAAGUGAGACUGUUUUAGGAAAUAAUGAAAAUAAGAAAACUGAAGACACAGAAGAAACUGCACUGACUUUAAGUUGUCCAGAUGAGAAAAGCGAAAGGGAUCACGUUUGCUGUCUUCUUAGCAUCAGCGACCUCACACGGGAAGAGGACGAGCGGGCCUGCGAGUUGACCAUCAGCACCGGGUGGGAGGAAGCUGUCCAUGGCUGGGGAAGGACCUCACCAACUGCCUGCAUCUGGUCAAGGAAGAAAGUGAAAAAGGGGAGGGUAGGAGAAGGCCCCAGUGGCGGCAGCAACUGCUUGUUCUGCAUGAGUCUUUCUCAAGGGAGUCUGGAGGCCCGGGCCCCCUUAGAGGUUGAGAAAUCGGAGGCUGGUGCUGUGGCUGAGGUGAGCCCUGAGAAGAGCUUGAGCAGCCCCUCCCAGGGGCCCAGCGCUGCUUCCAGAGAGCCUAACAAACUCUGCUUUCCUACAUACUUGCAAGGAGAAAAAAAAAGCCUGCAAAUCAAGGAGUUCAUCUGGUGCAUGGAAGAGUGGGCUCUUCCCGGAACAGUUAGCAGCAGCAGCAGGGCCGGUGGAGGCGCCAGCCGGGGGCUUCCUAUCCCCGACCCCGCCAUCCCCGACUCCGUCAUGUCCAGCGCCCUUGUGGUUCUGCCCCCGCUGAAAAGCUCUCCCCACAACAGCUUGGAUGUCCUGAGUAAGAAAAAAAGGAAUGUUUUCUGGCAGCCAGAAGAAAAGGUGCCGAGGGCGGAAAAAACCGAGGGUGUGGCUUGUACAGAUGGACUGAAAACAGACAGAAAAGGUGAAAAGAGACACUUGGAGCUUGCCAGCUGCCUGAAGGUCACGGAUGGGCUGCCUUUCCCUCCCUCUAUGGCCCGGACCCACUCCCUGUCAUCUGAGUCCCAAAGGUGCUGCCUGCACUGGUCCCUCCUGUCCCAGAAAAACUCUAUGCACACACCCAACCCCACCAACCUCCACUAUCUAGCCACCCUGCAGGUUUUGCAUAAACGGGGAGUACAAAGCUGCAGGACCAGGCUCAAAGCCAAGGAGCCCAGGCCACCUCGGGCUGCUCAUAAGCACAUUCUCAUAGAGGCCAAGCAGGAAAACAGGCCCCAAGCGCUAGUGAACAAAAUGUUCCCCAAACCUCUCCUGCCGUCUCUCACAGUAAGCAGGGUUAUCAUCCCAGUCUCUUCUCACAGAGUCCUCUGAUUUACCACAAUAUAAUUUCCUGGGAAUAAGUGCUGCCUGAAAAUCAUUUGCCCCCGCUUCCUAUCUCCCCGCUGUCCUUUUCUUUCCAUCCUUCAGCCAUUCUUUCCUUUCUCCUUCCUUCCCUAUUCUCUCUGCUCUUCACCACCUCCCUCCUUUUUGGAUUCA